UUCAAACGGUUUUCGUUUGUGUAGUGUUUUCUAGCGUUUGUCAAAUUUUAUAAAACUUUUAUGAAAGUGAAGUACUUUAUUUCAUUAUGUCAAUUUUUAGUGAAUUGCUACCAAAACUAAAUGAAAUAUCAAAUGCGUUUACUAAAAAUUUUAACGAUGACCUCGAGGCCGCAUUCCUCUCAUUGGAUAAGUUAAAGGAUGAAUAUCUGAAUUCCAAGAGUAAAAGCCGCGAUAAGUCUCAAAAGGAUAAGAAUCAUACGACAAUCCUUCAAAGUAUACACGAGGACGAAGAUGAAACACCGAAAGCUGAUGAACCGUCAGAUAACACGGAGCAGAGACCAAAGAAACGUAGCAAACAUGAAGUGGAAGGUAUGGAGAGUCCCGAAAUUGAAAAACGACAGAAACGCAAGGCAUCCGUUAAAGCUCAAAGCAUUAUUAGCAAACAAGUAAAUGUAAAUCUAACUGAGAAACUCCGUAGAGAGAACUCGACUCAGAAGCGCAGGCGCCGAAAAGACGACGACAAAGAAAACGACCCCGAACCGACGAUACGGAUAAAAGAAGAGAAAAUUUCACUCCCUCCCGAGCCAAUAGAUAUCGAAUCCGUGCCAGUUAAUGUGGAAGUGAAGCAGGAGUUCAAAGAGGAAAUAGCAAUGCCGCCUCCGCCUGUACCGAAACCGCGCAGGAAGGUCGACAAACCGGAAGACGUUAGCGACGGAGACACAGACAGGAGACGUGCGACCCGGACCAGGAAACAGACGGACACCAUGACGCCACAGACAGCCGCGCGACCCGUCCGCUCGAGUCGUGCUAGACUCACAGAACAAGAAGACAGAGAAGGAAACAGGAGAACCAGGGGGAAGAAGGCUCAAGAAACAUCAACCGUUGAGGCGGAAAAGGAAACUUCUGUCGAAAACGUAACCGCGUCCCCGGCUGAGAAACCGCGGCCGAAACGUACGAGGAGAGCGAGAAAAGUUUCUGAAAAACAAGAAAACGAAGAUAAAAUUGAAAACGACAUUGAAAAAAAGGAAAGUGAUUUGGAAAUAAAACCAGUAGAUACGUCAGACAGCGAGGCGCGGUCGCCCGUGCUGCAGACGAUAGUGCCGAAGACGAAACUCAGGGUGCGCGAAGACUGCGGAGACGACGCAGACCAGCAGGGGCGGGGCGCGCGGGCCGCGGGCGAGCAGCCGGCCGAGGACGCGCGCGGCCUGGACUGCACCGUCACCAUCAGCUGCCACAUGGAUGACACGGUCGUGGUGCCGCAGGCCGAGUGCCCGCGCGCGCCCGACACGCCCCCGGCGGCGAGGAAAAUGAACGAGACGGUGGUGCUAGACAAGCAGAACAGAACAGAAGACAAGCGGAACGACGGGAUAAUGAACGAAACAGUGGUGUUGGAGAAAGUUUCAGAUAAGGCUGCAGCUGAAACGGGCGACGACUCGCUCUUGACUGACGACGAAUCGCUGGAAAUGAAGACGCCGCCUAACAGACAGCUGCCGGAGCCCACUUCCGCUGUAAAAGAGAAAGUGCAACAGUUUGAAGAAAUGGCUACGAGAGUGACCCGCACUAAGACUAGAGCUAUGACUAAAAAGGAGGUCCCAGUCGACCCAGACACUCAGACGCCGCCGGACAGGACGAGGCCGGUUAUAUCGACGGACACCCUCAGCAAGAUGAACAACCUCAUAUUCAACGGAAAACCACCGCAGAUAUCAUCGUCGGCGUCGAAGCCUCGUUCUAACAUCCCUAUGAAGACUUCGGUAACAGCCUCCGCCUCUAAGAUAAGUGUCGCCAGAGACGACGAGAGAAGAGAAAAAGAGGACGCGAGAAGGAAGAAGGAGGCGAUGCUAGAGGCUAAGAAGGAGAUGCAACGAAGAAAGAGGGAAGAGAAAAUGUCAGCGGCUGCAGCGGCUAGAACAGCGGCUGAGAACAUGAGACGUGCAGCGCUUCAAGCGGCCGAGAAGGAAAGACGGGAGAGGCAGAUACAGGCCGACCAGGGGAGGAUGGAUAGACUUAAAGAGGUCGAGAAGAAAAAGUUGGAGCAAGCACGUAAGGCUGCCGAGACAGAGGAACGGAGGAAGCUAGAGGAAGCUGCACGAGCCAGUAGACUGCAGAACGAACAAAGGAAAGUCGAGGAGGCUAGGAGGAGGCAGCUGGAGGAGGAAAAGAUCAUGAAGAAGGAAGCAGCUCAAAUGCAGAAAGAGAUAGAGCGGAGACAACGAGAAUUCAUGGAGAGAAUGAAGAUGAAGAAAUUAGAGGGAGACAGAACACCCAACAAGAUGGCGGCCAUAGAGCCCGUGUACAUGCAGGACGGCUUCCAACACCUCAACUCCGAUGAAGAAGAACCCCCGGAGAGACCACCACCAGUAUGGAGCACCUCCAAGAAUCGUCGCAUUCAACUGUCGAUCCAGUCCCGUAUCAGCCAGCAUCACAUCGACCGUCUCUUCUCAGUGAGGGAGCACACUCCGGACCUAAGGGAGAUCUUCCCUAACAUAGAGCGAGCCCGCCUCAAGAGAACGUCCUCCGCCGUUUGGAGGACACCGCCCAGGCUGGCCACGCUGGACGAAUGAUCGUACCUGGCUGUGGUCGCAGCCCGCAGGCGCCGCCGUACUCGACGGUCCCCGGUCACACUGUGUGUGUUUGUCUGUUAGUUCCAUGUUACAUUAUAACCCGUCACCCACAGCGUGGUGUAUCGUUAGAUAGCGUAUUAUGUAUUGUAAUGUACUUUGUAGAUAAUGAGAUGUCAUCGUUUAUCGAGAAGUAGAUUUAGUGUGUCCGUUUGUUAAUUCCUCUGUGUACCUGUAAAUAAGUAGCGUCGCUGAAAUUUUGUAAUGGCUUUUUGAAAACAUUAUAUGAGUAUAGCUAACUAAUACCGCUGAUAAAUAUUAUCAGUGUCAGAAGUCGCCCUGUGUGUGACAAAGUAACAGAUCGCGGCUCAACAUAUGCCUGUAAUAUAUCAAUGAGACAUUAACAACUAAACGAGUUGUAUUUUUUGUUGGGCUCUGUUAUUAGUUGUUACUAAUGGUACAGAUUUAGUUAUGGGUAUUGGCUAUGGAAGGGAGAAAAAAUUUAUAAUAUAUAACAAUAAAAUCAACUUGAAUACGUCGAUGUUCUGUUAUAUGGAGAGCGUAUUGAAUAUAAUCUAUUAUUACAACCUUCUUUAAGUAAUUAAAACCUCCUUAGUUUAAAUUUAAAAAAAAAAUUAAUGCAAUAAUUCGGAUCAUGUCAUAUAGGUUUACAAGUUAUUUAUACAGAUGUCGCUUCGUAUUGUUAUUUAGAUUUAAUUGCAUGUUAGUGUAAGAGGGGAGUGAACCCUCGCACAGGAAGACAUUAUCUGUGGAGGGUUGAGAGUGUUCAAUAUGAAGUGCUCGAGACACGCGCGCUCAGAUCUUUAUCAUGUUAUACAGGAUGUUUUAAAUUAGACAGCCAUUAAUUAUGUAAUAAAUAUUAAUUUUGUACCAUU